AUGAUCCAGUUUCAUUCGGUUUUCUUGUCACGCCGGCAAACAGAGCCUCACAGCUCCGAAAGCCUUAACUUUGCUGAUAUGAACCCGCAGCUCCCAGAUCCCAACUACGCCACUGAGACAGAGUUUCGGUGGCCUUGGUGGAAGUUCCGCUUACCUCCUGAGCACCUGUUUACCUCGCUUCACGACCGCUUCAACACUAAACCAAGCGCCAUUCAAGAUCCUUGGGCAUUCCACCGCGAUGUUGUCGAGUGCGCCAACGAUGCAGCCACCGUGGAUGAGUUCUACAAACAUCUUGCUACGCGGAAAGAUCAGCGUAUCAACGAGAUGAACGACGCAUGGGACGAGAUAAGCUGUCUGCUUGGAGGGACAUCAGCGAUAUGGUCUUGCCCCUGCCUUGGAGGGCAUGAGCAAGAUGACAAUUCGGCAAACAACUGCUCGGCAUCCCGAUGGAGUGCAUUCCUGCGUCUUUGUCAGAGCAUGUCUUUUGAUCAUCUGGUGAUGUUCUUCAAUGAAUAUGCCAGCGACGAGCGCAAGCGCCAGAACACGGAGCAGGAAGAGUCAAGGAGAAGGCUUAAGAGUUUGUGGCCACCCCGGAAACAUGCUUCACGGAACGAACCCGCCGACAAUGCAAAGCUACUGGAGCUCGCAAGCGGUGCAGAGGCCGAUCCAGAGCCCAGCGCCGAACCACGAAAUACAAAAGCCCACCCGAUCAAACUCGACACCGCAAAACCGCACCCUGCACCGAACGAUACACAGACGAACCUGCCUUCACCUUUGUCUGCGUCUUCAAGUCCGGUACAAACCUUUCAGAAGACGAGGAAAAGGAGGAGGAGCACCAGCGAAGCAAGUGAUAUGGCAGGUGAGAGUCAUGUGUCUUCUAAGAUGGACACCCCCUUGGGUAUCUGUUCGGUGACAUCUUCAUCAAGCCUCCUGCAAGGAGAGCGGGGGAUCACCGGGGAGACUGAUCAGAGAAUGUGCAAUAAUGUGCAAAUCAGCAGUGACCCAAGCUGCACCGGCAAAGUAGGACGCCAUCCGUCAAACCAAGGAGCCAGCUUCUCCGUCUCUCCGGAAUCUAGCCCCGACGAGACUGCCCCAACAAGAAACAUGGUCGACCAAGACGCCGACCCUGGCCGACAGCGACUUUCCACUGCAGUUCUCAAAAGUCCGCCUACGCAUAGCGACCCAUCCCUACUGCCGCCGGCGUCACCUUUCAGUGCUCUUCACGAAGAGAGUUUCCCGACAUCUCCAUCGGCAUCUACACCUCCUUCUCUCCCUUCGGCAAAGCGGGAAAGUCGCAGCAACGAGGUAGGCGCGAGCGACUAUGGUUCUCCACAGCACACGGGGAAGAAACGGCGACUCUUGCAGGGCUGAGCC